GCUGUUUCUUGUUUAUGUUUUAUUUUGAAAACAUUUUUUGGUAACAAAUAGUUAUAGACCAUUUUGAUAAAUGUUUGGUAAGGGUGUCAGUGAUCUUUUAUAUUAAGAGUCACAACCUAAUUUAAGCAGUUAGUCUGAUACUCCAUUUUCCUCUCUUUUAUGUGAUCUAGUAACUAGUGAGCUAUGAUUUGGUCUGAUGAUGCUUCCUCAGGUCCAGAAGCUGAGCAACACUGACCCCUGAAAUGAUUGGCCAAAUUGGGUGUGUGACUGUGUGUGUGGCAGUUCUGCUUGUAAGGAGAGCCCACGUGUUAUUAGAAUUUGAAAUAGGUCCCAGUCUUCCAAAAUGAAAAGACAACAGUAGGGUGGAGGUGGGAACAUAGCCUCAGAGCCUGAGAGGAAAUCAUGAGCCAUCUUCUGUGAAUAAAGCUCAGUCUGUAGGGAGGCCUCCCACCUCUUGCCAGGGUCUCCAGCCUCAUGGUCAGUCUGUCUUGGUCGCAUUCAUUUAGUCCUUGUUCAUAAACACCAAAACCUUCUCUGUCUUGGAUCUUAGUUUCUACUCCUACCUUUGGUCAUUAUAUCACUGUUGCCCUAGCGCUUUCUGUUCCUUCAGGUCUAGGCCAGAGAGGUCUCCCCAUCUCUUUCUGAUAUUCUCUGUCAUGUUAACCAGGUUUAUUGCUUCUGUAUUAAUUACCCUGAUCAGAUAUGCCCUUCUCCUUUAAUUAUUUGGAGUCUUUCCUCUUUUCCCUUCAUUGAAGGGUUCACCGUAUUCCUCUUCCUCCCAGGAUGCUUGCAGCAUCUCACUCUGGGGGUGAGGACUGGGACUGUGGGCUGGGCUGAAGAAUCCUCAGGGAUGAUGGAGGUUAUAGGCUUGGUGGUUAUGGCUCCCAUAUUUGUUCUGGACAUUUCAACUCUGAUUGAUCCUUACCCCAUGUGGAGACUUAAUUACUCAAAAGCAAAAGGAUGUUGGAGUCCUAAAAGGCCUGGCAGAUCCAGUGUCUUGAGGUGUCCCCAUGUUUUAGUCUGCAGUGUCACUGCUCACUGCAGCCCCCAGGUCUUCUAAGCUCUGUCCAUGCAGGGACCAGUUGCCAUCUUGGACAGCAGCUUUGCCUUCUAGCAGUUCAUCUGCUCAGUGGCAGAUGCUGAGUUUCCUGUGAUUAGACUGGUCAGUAUCUUAGGGGAGUAUGUAGGAGACGACACCUCCCUAUCCCCAAACCACCUUCCCCUGGGGUAUCUUCCAGUUAGCUAUGAGCAGGGAAAACAGGAGCCGGUGAGAUUGGGGCCACUCUCUCUUUGUGACUUCUUUACUGAACUCAGUCCAACCAUCCCUCAACUACAUAACGUCCUUGUUGCUAAGUGGUUUCCCCAAGAGGACCAGCUUCUUGGUCUCCAUACUGAGUGUCCAGUGUCCUUGGAUUUGCAGCUAGGGUGCAUUUCUUUUGCAAUGCCCACGCCUAGAGGUCUCUGUUCUUGUUCAGCUGUGCACAGAGAAGGGAUAGAAAAAUAGGAGAAAGUGAGGGGGAGCGUGUUGGGGUUUCCAGGAGGGUUGUGGGAGCAGGAGUGCACCUUUUAAUGAACCCAAUGAAUGGUGUGUUUGUGUGUGAGAGAGAGAGACAAGCAUAGUUGUGGGAUCACGGAGCAUGUGGACCUGUUGACAAAGGGGGUCCCAGUUCUGGCUGGAGGUCCUGGACGUGGGCUCAUGGCUAAUUGUGGGCUGCGUGGAAUGGUGGGCGUGCCAGUGUCUUAGCUCAGUUUUCCGGGGACACAGAUGCUGUGACUGAGGUUUGCAUGACUGGGUUUAAUUGGGAAUCUCGUGAUCACACCUGUGGAGGAAGAAAGGCUGUGGGAUUGGGAAGAAGAAUGUUAUCCUGCAGUGUGUUAGAAGCAAGGGCUGAGCUGAGCCCACAGGGAGGUCUGGGUGCAGGAGGAUGGGGACAGUGGUCCCAGAGAAGGGGGGCGGGAUCCAGGAGGUGCCUCACAGCACCCCCUCCACACUGGAUUUUUUGUGGUCUUUAGGGAGGGUGAGAAUUAAGUAUGCAACCCAUAGCAUAACUGCCGGUAAAACUCCAGAGAUCACUUCGUGUGUUACCUUUGGUAUUUCUGUUAUUUUGAGUUGCUCAUAAAGUUUCAGAUGCAUUUGGAAGUUAAAAAAAACACAAAACUUGCAGUGUUUCUGUGGAAGAUAUUGAAGUCGCAUUGAGAUAUGUGCAUCAGCCUACACAUCUGUCUUUUAUUAUUAGAAUUUGGAGAUAACAGUUUGGGGAUGGGCUGGGAUCACUCAUUUCUGACUCUUGUAACUCCUUGGCCUGUAGCCUGUAGGCUCCUCUCCAUAGAAUUCUCCAGGCAGGAAUACUGGAGUGAGCUGCCAUUCUCUUCUCCAGGGCGUCUUCCCAACCGAGGGAUCGAACCCGGGUCUCCAACAUUGGCAGCGGAUUCUUUAACGUCUGAGCUACCAGAAAAGUCCUGACUUGUGUUAGCUGAGGAAUAAGCCCAGAACAGGAGGAAGGUGAAAGAAAACGUGUCAGGAAUGGCUCUUUCUCAGCUUGCAGGGUCUUAGUUCCUUGAGGAGGACUUGAACCUGAAAUGCUGUGGUAUGCUGAAAUACACGUGAAUAAAAGAAAACGAGAGUAUCAUCCCAGAAUGUGUCAAAAGGCAUCACCUUGGAGUAGGAGAUGGCCACUCACUCCAGUAUUCUUGCCUGAAAAUCCCAUGAACAGAGGAGCAUGGCGGGCUACCAUGAGGUCGCAAAGAUCUGACCCGACUGAGCAACAAAGCAACAACAACCUCCACACACAGCAGAACACAGUUGACCGUUGAGGAUGUGGACAUCAAGUUCACUCCAGAGGAGUGGGAAUGCCUGGACCCUGCUCAGAGGGCCUUGUACCGGGAUGUGAUGGUGGAGACCUACAAGAGCCUGCUGUCUGUGGAUGUGUCUCGUAUAGAUAUGACCAUGAAAUUACAAGCGAAAGGAAACAGUGGAAAAGGAGAAAUUUUUCAAAGAGUGAUAUUUGGGAGAGCUGAAACUUCUGAAAUUAAAGAUUUUUUCCUCGGGAAGAUACAGGAAACUGUGGAUGGUUUUGAGAGUCUGUGGACCGAUAAUGAAAGAAGAGACUACGGAAUAUCUAUAUCCUAUAACAAAAAUCUCACUGAUGGAAGAGAUCAUCAGAGUAGAAAUGAUGCAGGAGAUAAGCCUGUUGAAAGGCAGGGAUCAAACUUUCAUGAUGAAUUGCAGAUGCUUCAGUCUGAAGGGACGAUUUUUGAAUGUAGUCAAGUCGUGAUGCAUAUGAACAGUGGUGCUUCAGUUUUGCCAACUCAUAGUGUCCACAAAGGCAAUUCUCAUAAUAAUGAGUGUGCUGUUAUGCAUCCCUCAGAACAGGCCCCAGACCCAGGACACAAGAAAAAAUCUUACAAAAGUAAUGAGUGUGGCAUAACCAUGCUUCAGGACUCAGAACUCACUAGACAUCAAAGAAUCCAUAUAGGAAGAUUACCAUAUAAAGCUGACGUAUGUGGCAAGGCAUUUAAUGAUAAUGUGAGGCUUGCAGUUCAUCAGAGAAAUCAUACUGGAGAGAAACUGUAUAAAUGUGAUGUAUUUGGCCACUGCUUUAAGCACAGUGCACACCUUCAAAACCAUGGGAGAACUCAUACUGGAGAGAAACCAUGUAAAUGUGAUGUGUGUGCAAAAGCCUUUACUUGCAAAGAAAGUCGGGCACUUCAUCCGAUCCUUCAUACUGGAGAAAAACCAUAUAAAUGUGAUAUAUGUGGCCGUGGCUAUACUCGAAAGUCAGACCUUGGAAUUCAUCAGAGAGUUCAUACUGGAGAGAAGCCAUAUACAUGUGAUGUGUGUGGCCGUGGCUAUACUCGAAAGUCAGACCUUGGAAUUCAUCAGAGAGUUCAUACUGGAGAGAAGCCAUAUAAGUGUGAUCUCUGUGGACAGGCCUUUACUCGCAAAGAAAGCUACACAGUUCAUCAGAGCCUUCAUACUGGAGAGAAACCAUAUAAAUGUGAUGUGUGUGGCUGUGGCUAUACUCGAAAGUCACGCCUUGGAAUUCAUCAGAGAGUUCAUUCUGGAGAGAAGCCAUAUAAGUGUGAUCUCUGUGGACAGGCCUUUACUCACAAAGAAAGCCACACAGUUCAUCAGAUCCUUCAUACUGGAGAGAAACCAUAUAAAUGUGAUGUGUGUGGCCGUGGCUAUACUCAAAAAGCACAACUUGUAAUUCAUCAGAGAGUUCAUUCUGGAGAGAAGCCAUAUAAGUGUGAUCUGUGUGAACAGGCCUUUACUCGCAAAGAAAGCCACACAGUUCAUCAGAUCCUUCAUACUGGAGAGAAACCAUAUAAAUGUGAUGUAUGUGGCCGUGGCUAUACUCGAAGCAGACAACUUGCAAUUCAUUGGAGGCUUCAUACUGGAGAGAAGCCAUAUAAAUGUGAUAUAUGUGGCAAGGCCUUUAGUGUAAAUAGAAGCCUUAGAACUCAUCGGAAAAUUCAUACCGAAGAGAAACCAUAAAAAUGUGAUGUAUGUGGCAAGGCCUUUAGAGUAAAAGGAAGCCUUACAUCUCAUCAGAAAAUUCAUACUGGACAGAAGGCAUAUCAAUGUGAUGUAUGUGGCAAGGUCUUUAGUUUCAAAUCAGCCUUAACUCUCCAUCAGGCAGUUCAUACAGGAGAGAAAGCACAGAAAUGUAUCUAUGGGGCAAAGUCUUCAAUUCCAGCUGUUACUUUGCAGUUCAUUGGAGAACUCAUUUUCAAGAGAUGUUUGUGGCAAGCCCUUUAGUCAAACUGCAAACCUUGCAAUUAAUCGGAGAAUUCAUACUGGAGAGAAAGCAUAUGAAUGUGUUGUCUGUGGCAAGGCCUUUAGUCAUAUUGGUAAGCUUGCAGUUUAUCCAAAAUUCAUACUGGAGAAAAACCAUAUAAAUGUGUUGCGUGUAGCUGAUCCUUUACUUGAAGUGCACAACAUGGAAUUCAUCAGAGAAUUAAUACUGGAGAGAAAACAAAUGUGAUCUCAAUGUCAAGGCUUGUAAUCUAAACACAAACCUUGCAGUUCGUCAGAGAAUUCAUAUUAGAAACCUUACAAUUGAAACAAUGGUUACAAACUUUAGUGCUCAGUCAGCCUUAACUCACCAUCAGGUAGUUCAUAUAGGAGAGAAAGCAUAGAAAUAUAAUGUAUGUGGCCAGUUUUUUACUUGAAAUGACUGUCAUAGGAAGCAUCAGAUAAUUCAUAGUGGAGAAAACUGUUACAAAUGAAACAAUUGUGAGAAGCAUUUUAGUGCAACUGUGAUGAGUGUGGCGGAGCAUUUAAUCUGAGUUCAGGCCUUAUGAUUCACCAGAGAAUUUGUACUGUAUAGAAAGCAUACAAAUGAAAUGAAUGUGGCAAAGCUUCUAGUUCAUGUUCAGCCUUAACUGACCAUUCGGCAGUUCAUACAGGAGAGAAGCCACAUAAAUGGGACUUAUAUGACAAAGCCUGCAGUCACAAGGAAUGACUUUGCAGAUCAUCUGAGAAUCAGUACUGCAGUGAAAACAUACAAAUGACUACAUUUGUAUGUAAAUGUAGUAAACUACUGCAGUAAACUACGUGAAGUUUUUGACCUUCCGAAAAGUCAAACUGGAGGAAACUGCACAAAUGUGGUCGAUGUGGCAAAGGCUUGAUUCUGUAUUCAGAUCUAACUAAUCCUCAGGUAAUUAAUUCUGAAUUGAAAUCUUACCCACGUAGUGCAAGUGGUAAGUCUUUUGCAUGGCAUUCAGUUUUUUACAAAACAUGAGAAAAUGCUUCCCGGCAAGAUUCCAUACAUUCAGAGCACAGUCAAUCCCUCCAGUGGAGGAAAUCAUGUAAAUGUCUGCAGCCAGGAUUUCAAUAAUGGGCUGAUGAUUCCCAUCAUCAAAGAAUUCAUAAUGCAAAGAAAUCUUAGAAAUAUGAGUGUGGAAAAUCCUUCAGGUGGCAUACAGGCCUAAAAAGACAUCAGGUGACCCAUACUCCAGAGGACUUCCAAAGAUAAUCAAUGUGGCCAGGCUUUUUCUUUAUACCUUAGGCUUCUUGAGCAUAUUCACACUAGGUAAAAACUGUAUCAAUGUAAUAAGUGUCGGGUUUUUAGGCAACAAUCCAACUUUAGGCUUCAUUAAAGAAGUCAUUUUGCAGAGAAAGCUUACAAGUGACAUGAGUAUGUAAAACCUUUACUGGGGGGUCACAUCUCACCAACUAUCAGAUCUUCCAUGCUACAGAGAAGCUUACUAGUGCAGAAUAUGUGGCAAGGCUUUUAGGUGCUCCCUGUAUCUCAGUGUUCAGCAAAUACUUUAUACUUAGAAAUGCAACUUUUAUGGCAGUUGUCACAAUUACUGCUCCCUCUUUAGGUAUCUAAAAACAUAUAUCCUAUAGAUAAACCACACAAAUACAAUAUCUGGAAAGAAUUUUACCCAAACAUCGAAGUUGGGAAACAUUCUGGAGCAGUGCUUUACAAAUGCAAUGGAGGUGGAGAAAGUUUCAGCUUGAGUUGAAGUAUUAGACAACAAGACUCCAUAGUAAAGAGGAGUCUUGGAAUUGGAUGGCAAAGGCCUUUCUGCAGGCUUCAGAGUGCACUAGGCUUCAGAAUAUAUGUUUCAGAGAAACCACACAGAAGUAAUGUGCUCACUAAAUCCUUAAGGCAAAGAUCAAAAUGAUGGAACCUGAGGGCAAGCUUACGGAAGUAAUGAAUUUUUUCAUGAGAUAUUCACACCUUGGGUGUGAUUUAUGCAGGUCAGAAACUACAGAUAAACUGAAUUUGGAAAUACAUUUAAGAAAAUUUAUUUCCUCAAGAUUCUCCCCAAGAUUCAUAUCGGGGCGAAUCCUUAGAAUUGUAAUGACUUUCAUAAAAUUUUGGGACAGUUCUUACAACAGAUCACAUGAGAAGAUUCAUUUUAGGAUUAAAUCUUUAGUUUUCCAACAAUGAACCUCCUGUGUUAUGGCAGUAUAAUUAUGUUAAGUAUGUUGAAACUUCCUGAUCUGUUGAAAUGAUCACUAAUCUUCAGUGUAUAUUUAAUUACUUGAGUUUUCUUGAAAAGGUGAUGUUAUUUUUUAAUGACAUUUCUGCAAGGUUUGAAAGCUUUUAUAGCUUUCUUAGGGAGUUUCAUGAUGGUUUCUGCAAAGAAAUCAGUAAGAUGAAGGAGCAGACUUCAUUAGGUGUGCUUCAUUAAUAUCCAUCUUUCGUGGGUAAACAGGGACACUAAAAUAUCGAAUUCAGUGGUGUGUGAAUUAGGAUCAGCAAGGGACAGAGAAGCAUGUCAAACCAUGACAGGACUCAGCAUGCUCAUUAUGUUCAGGAUGCCCUUCUGUACACAGGCCACCGUGAUUAUAGGACUGAAUGAUGUACCAUCUGCCUAUGCAAAGAGCAACCUGGACAUUAAGGGACUUGGGCUUUUCAUGGGAGGGGAGUUGACAGGUUACUGAAGACUGAUUAUGUGGGAGAAAUUAUAGCAGGGAAAUGCUGGUCAUUUUCUCCCUUAACUGGCUGUUUCCAUUGCAUAUAAAUGAUUAAUGGAAACUUCUUGGAAAUUGAAGAAAAUGGGAUCAAAAGAACCAGAAAAGUAUGCGUGUGUAUCUGUUUCAUCACUGAUUGCUGCAAUUUGUGUUGUACUUCUGUUUUCUUCAGAAUAUUUCCUAAGUCUUGUAAUCUAAUAAAAUUUGUAUCAUUUUCCCCAUAA